GGAUAUUGCCCGAGAGAAUGUGUAGGGGUGCUUUGUUCCCAGUUAGGGUUUUGUUUUGCGUUCUCCAGCAGUGUCUACGUGAGGUGAGAGUGGUGGUAGAGAGGAGCUUGUCUUCAGAUUUGAUUUGCGUCGUGGAAGAGUGUUUUGACAGAUAAUUCUCCCCAGGGUGUCCAAGGAUUCAUUGCUGCAAAUAAUGUUCUGAAGUAGCGAGGAGCAAAGGAAAAAUAAUUCAAUCCCAGCUCUCUUUUCACUGAAUGUUGGCGCUUGAGGAUUGUCGCAAUGGCUGAGUGGCCUCUUCCAGCAGGGAAUCCUGAGGCAAACUCUUUUAGGCGUGCGUCUCACCACUCCACCAUUCCCAGCAACGGCUGAGGCCCGUCCGCCCCAAUGGAGGUGAGCGGCACCUUCCCAGAGGGAAUCAAAAUCUGCACCGCUGUUAGACUAUGACAUCGUAUCGACCAGUUCAUGAGAGCGGUGACAUUGGGGGCCCUGGCCUGAAAGGUGGCGAUUAUUACUCUCCUGGAUUCUGGGCCCAGAAUGGCUGCUCCAUGCAUGCAGACGGCUCUGCUUCCUCGCGUCCCAACGCGACGACCCCGGCCAUGCCAAAAAUGGGGGUGCGGGCCAGGAUUGCCGACUGGCCUCCCAAGAGAGAGGGGAUGAAGGACCCCAGCACUUCUAGAGACCUAGAGACCCCCACCUCUGUGCCGCGGGGUUUCCAGAAUGGACAGUUUUCAAGCGGGGUGACAUUCUCUUCAGGGGUCAGAGGCUUCCAGCGCCUGGUCCGGAGGAGGUCCAAGGACACUGAGUUUCAGGAUGGCUGGCCACGGUCUCCUGGGAGGGGUUUCCUGCCCUUGCGGAACCGGAGCAGUAGCGAGAUCACGCUCAGCGAGUGUGACAUGGAAGAGGCUUUUGAGCCUCGAGGGGUCAGGCUCUCCAGUGGCUUACCCCUUUUCCGGGAGUAUGGGAGUACCUCUUCCAUCGAUGUGCAAGGCAUCUCAGAGCAGAGCUUUUAUGAAAUGCUGAAUGAGUUCCGCAGCGGGACAUCUGUCGACCAGCAGCAGCCGCCGCAGCCACCAGACUCCUUCAGAACUUCCCGAAGCGCCAAAGCCGAAGCCAGGAACGAUCAGGAUGAGUACCCGCUUCAUCACAAGGAAAAAUCCCGCAAGAAAGGUUCCAAAGGAGAGGCGGGGAGUGGCGAUUCCAUAUUUAGGAAGUUGCGGAACGUCCGCGGGGAUGGUGAAUCAAGCAAGGCUUUAGUGGAUGCUGAGGAAGGGGGCCGACCCUGGCUGUGCCAAAAGAGUUUCGCACACUAUGAUGUCCAGAGCAUGCUCUUUGACCUCAACGAAGUGGUGGGCCGGCGAGCCUACGUGGCACAGCGGAGGAACACUACCACUGGCGCAUCGGCCGCAUCGGCCGGGUCCACAACAGCCUCCCGAUCCUGUGGGUUAACAGGGUUGGAGCCCGCACCUUCCUUCAUCAGCACCGAGGACCUGAACUACAAGGAGAACUUGGACCACGACCCUGGGGACAACAACAGCAACGACCUUCUGCUGAGCUGCCCUCAUUUCCGCAAUGAAAUUGGUGGCGAGCAGGAACGCAAUGUCAGUUUCUCUCAGGCCUCGGCUGGUUCUCCAAGUGGGGGAGGCUGUGGAGAGGGCAGCUUUGCUGAAGUCUCCCCAGCCACCUACUGCACAAACGCCAGCCUUUCUGUGCUGGAAGUCCCAAAGGAGCUCCAACGCAACAUCAGCAGGCUGAAGCACUACAGCAUUGAGCAUGUGGACUUGGGAGCCCGCUACUACCAGGACUACUUCUGCGGAAAAGAGCAUUCCAACUACUUUGGGGUAGAUGAGAAGCUGGGUCCUGUGGCUGUGAGCAUCAGGCGCGAGAAGCUAGAAGACCACCGGGAGCAUGGGCCUCAGUACCAGUAUAGGAUUAUAUUCCGCACCAGUGAGCUGAUAACCCUCCGCGGGUCCAUCCUUGAGGAUGCCACUCCCACGGCCACCAAACAUGGCACCAUCCGUGGGCUCCCUCUCAAGGACGCCCUGGAGUACGUGGUUCCUGAAUUGAACAUCCAUUGUCUGCGUCUGGCCCUGAAUGUACCCAAAGUGACCGAACAGCUACGCAAGCUUGAUGAGCAGGGGCUCUGCCGGAAGCACAAGGUGGGCAUCCUCUAUUGCAAAGCUAACCAGAGCUCGGAGGAAGAGAUGUACAACAACGAGGAGGCCGGGCCUGCUUUCGAGGAGUUCCUGGCGCUGCUGGGGGAGAAGGUCUGCCUGCGGGGAUUCUCCAAGUAUGCAGCCCAGUUGGAUACCAAAACUGACUCCACGGGAACUCAUUCCCUCUACACCGCUUACCAAGGCUACGAGGUCAUGUUCCACGUCUCCACAAUGCUUCCUUACACCCCCAACAAUAGGCAACAGUUGCUCAGGAAGAGGCACAUUGGGAAUGAUAUCGUCACCAUCAUCUUCCAGGAGCCCGGGGCUCAGCCUUUCACCCCUCAGAACAUCCGUUCCCAUUUCCAGCACGUCUUCGUUAUUGUCCGGGUCCAGAACCCUUGCACAGAGAAUGUUUGCUACAGUGUGGCAGUGACCCGCUCCAAAGAUGUCCCACCUUUUGGGCCAGCAAUCCCCAAUAGAGCUGUUUUCCGCAAAUCUGACGUCUUCCGGGAUUUCUUACUGGCCAAGGUGAUCAAUGCCGAGAACGCAGCCUAUAAGUCCGAUAAGUUCCACACCAUGGCCACUCGCACACGGCAGGAGUACUUAAAAGACCUGGCUGAGAACUCUGUGACCAGCACCCCCAUCGACUCCACCGGGAAAUUCAACCUGAUCUCAUUGACCUCCAAGAAGAAGGAGAAGACAAAAGCCCGGAUUGGGGCUGAGCAGUAUAGCACGGGAGCUAUCGCUUGGAGGGUUCUGGCCCAGGACUACAGCCAGGGCAUGGAAAUUGAAGCUGUCUUGGGCAUCUCCAACGAGUUCAUUGUGCUCUUGGACCUGAGUGCCGAAGAAGUGGUAUUCAACUGUUUUUGUGCGGAUGUCAUUGGCUGGACCCCAGAUAAUUACAGCAUCAAGAUUUUUUAUGGGCGAGGGGACCAUAUCUUUAUCCGAGCCAUUGAUGGCAAUUCUGAGGACAUCAAGGAGAUUGUGCAGCGGCUGAAGGUCAUGACUUCUGGCUGUGAGACCAUUGAAAUGACCCUCAGGAGGAACGGAUUGGGGCAGCUAGGCUUCCAUGUGAAGUUUGAUGGAACAGUGGCAGAAGUGGAAGACUACGGCUUUGCCUGGCAAGCGGGGCUGCGGCAGGGCAGCCGGCUUGUGGAGAUCUGCAAGGUGGCCGUGGUCACACUCAGCCAUGACCAGAUGAUCGAUUGGCUGCGCACUUCGGUGACAGUGAAGGUAGUCAUCAUUCCUCCUCAUGAUGAUGGCACUCCUCGCAGGGGCUGGGCUGAGUCCUUUAAAAUGAGUACCAUGGAGCCCAAGAUGGAGCCCGAGAGCUUGCCAGUUGGCUACCGACCUCCAUACCGCAGCAACUCCGCCUGGCAGUGGAGUGGGUCCGCCACUCAUGGUUCCUCUCAGUCUUCAAAGUGGGCAGAGCAGCCAGUAUCGGGCCAAUCUCAGUCUCUCACCAGGACCCCGAAACAGAGCACCAUGGCUCCUUACCGAGAGUCACAGCCCUCGCAUGGAAAAAGGCCAGUGAGCUUCCCAGAAACCCCCCAUGCUGCGUCAUCUUCCCAGGGCGAACCGGAGAGGAUGCAGGCAUACCGGCAGCCCUCAAGCAGUUUCUCUGUGCCUGGCUCUUCAGGAGCAGCCUAUAGCCGGUUCAAGCCCUCUCCAGAAAGCUCUAUUCACAGAUACGCAGGCCCCCAGCGGUCCUUGAUGCCGUUUGAGUCACUCUACGCCCACGAGGUGACCUCCAAUGGAGGGGACUCCUCCUCAUCUGGACUAGCCAGCCAGGAGAGCACCAUGGAGAAGCCCAAGCCUGAACCUCUUUGGCAUGUUCCAGUUCAGCCCAGGAUAUCUGCAGCUUCUGGAAGCAAGCGGACAAGCCGACAUGAGAUGGCAGGCAAGGAUUCUCCCAACCGGCAUGCCAAGGGUGAAGGGCAAUAUUCAAGCAGCCACUCCAGCAGCAACACUCUUUCCAGCAAUGCCUCCAGUAGCCACAGCGAUGAGCGCUGGUUUGACACGCCAGAUCCCGUCGAAGCUGAUCCAGACCCCCUGGCGAAAGGGGGCUCCAGCGACAGCGGCAUUGAUGCCACCAGUGCCAAGUCUUCACGGAGGGACAAGCUACCCAAGUCCUCACCCCCCUUUGGAUCCACUCACAAUGAGGCUGGUGGAAAGAGGAAGGAACCCUCCGGUGGACAGGGCUGGGGCUACCGGACCAAGGGCUUCGCCAUGGGGUCUGGCAUGCCUGCCCGAGGGGCCAGCAGCAGCAUUAAUGACCACCUCAAGCAGUCUAGCCACAAUAACAGCAACUCCAGGGCAACUUACCCUGCUCACAUAUACAAAAACUCCAUGGCGGAGGCAUCCCGGGCCCCACACAUGUCACAGUCCAGCUCCUUCCAGCUCUCGGCCUCGGUCCCCAAGUCCUUCUUCUCCAAGCAGAGCAGCAGAAACAAACACCUUCCAGCUGGGUGGAAGAAAAACAACGAAGAUACCCCCGCCAGACCGGUCACCUUCACCGACCCAAAGAAGCAAGUGGACCUGAGCACCAAGAACGUCUUUGGGCAGCCCCGGCUACGAGCCUCCCUGCGUGACCUUCGCUCCCCCCGCAAGACCUACAAAUCCUCCAUUGAGGAUGACCUGAAGAAGCUGAUCAUCAUGGACAGCAGUGUUGUUGAGCAGGAGAGAGAUUUGUCCCCACAGAAGACGCUCCAGAGAACCCUCUCAGAUGAGAGCUUAUGCAGUGGACGCCGAGAUGCCACCUACGCCAGCGCCUACUGCUUUGAGCAGCCCCUUGCCAGCGAUGUCCUCUUCACCAGCACCUACCCCUCCAGCACCCUCCCUGUGCGGAAGCAGCAGCAACAGCAGCAGCAACACCAGUCACCCAGCAAUGGGAACCUCUCUGAGAAGAAGUCAAACAUCUCAGCCUCAGAGCUCUCCCUGAGUGAUGCACGGGACAAAUCUCUGCGACGCAUCGAUCCUGGACUGAUGCCGUUACCGGACACAGCCACCGGCCUGGAGUGGUCAAGCUUGGUCAGUGCUGCAAAAGCCUACGAAGUCCAGAGAGCGGUGUCCCUCUUCUCCCUCAAUGACGCUGUGCUGAGCCCCGACGUCCCCUCCGCCCACAGCCCCGUCCUCGCGCACUUGAGUCUGGAGAGGCAACCCACGCCACGCACAACACCCACCAUGAGUGAGGAACCUUCAGCAGAACUGACUGGCAAAGUCUACCAGCUCGAGGCCAUGCUGAAACAGCUCCACACUGACUUGCAAAAGGAAAAACAGGACAAGGUGGUGCUCCAGGCGGAAGUGGCCAACCUCCGGCAGAACAACCAGCGCCUACAAGAGGAGUCGCAGACGGCCAACGAGCAGCUACGCAAGUUUGCCGAGAUCUUCUCCAAUGCCGUGGAGAAGAAGGAGCUGUGAGCCGGCCCCUUGGGUGGGGUAGGGUGGGCCGCUGCAUCUGGUUUAGGAAAGGACCGCAGUGGCUGAUGAGUGUGGACUCUUCCCCGGAGCCAAACGCAUCGCUUGCUCUUCCAAAAGAGGCUUUCCUUCCCAUACGGCGUGUGGCCUCUCCUUAGACAGCUCCUUUCCUGCUCUCUCUUGCACGGAGAGUUUUAUGCCACUCUCUAGUGGAUAUUGAGGUUGGAGGGGGAGCAAAACUGGUGUUCAGAGUCAAGCACACCUUGCCAUCGAUGCCUGAACAGUGUUGAGGACAUCCAGGUUUCAGGCUGGCUUCUAAAUGACACUCAAUGUGGCAGCACCGCCGGAAGCAGCGGCACGGACCCAGCCAGCCCGUUUUUGCCACGCUUAUCCUUGCAAGUGACCGCCAGGGGGCGCCUUGGCGUUCCGGCAGACCGGAUGGAUCAAUCGGAGCAAAGCGCCAGAGCGCAGCAGCCGAGAGUCUAAAAGAGCACUUUCUCACGACUAAAUUAUUUUCUAGAGAAUGCAAGGUUGGGAGUGGCUCAGGAAGUUAAAAAUAAUAAUAAUAAUAAAAGUCUAAAUGUAUAUGUUCUUUAUAAAACACUAUAUUUGUAUAAAUGGUACUGUUUGUAAUUUUUUUUUUCUAAGAGAUUUCUGUGCAUGCACCUGAAUUCAGCACACCGGAUUUGUCCCCAGCUGCAGCAGAGAUGCAAAACCCAGGCUUUGGGGAGGAGAGGCAAGGGCCCUCCUCGAGCUCCCUUGGCGCCAGCAGAUAGACGAGGCCAUAGACCUUGCUGGGUUCUGCCUUGCCCUACGGGUUUGCCCCAGGAGAUCCCACUUGCUUGUUCGUUGGCCUUCAAACUUGCUGCUUUUGGGGAAACGGGCAACAUCAUUCUCUUUGUAGAGAAUGGGGAGGGCAUCUCUUUCACCUGGUCUCCAAGAGCGCCCUUCCCGUCAUUCAUGUUUUAUGUGAGCUCUCCCGCUGCACUUCCCUCUUGCAUUCAAGCCAUGCAUUGUUGAAGGCUUUCAUGGCCGGAAUCACUGGGUCGUUGUGAGCUUUCUGGGCUGUAUGGCCAUAUUCCCGAAGCAUUCUCUCCUGACGUUUCGCCUGCAUCUAUGGCAGGCAUCCUCAGAGGUUGUGAGGUCUGUUGGAAACUAGGCAAAGUGAGGUUUAUAUGUCUUAGGAAUGUCCAGGGCGAACUCUAGUCUGAGGCAAGUAUGAAUACCGUAAUUGAUCACUUUGAUUAGCCUUGCAGCUUCAAGGCUUGGCUGCUUCCUGCCUUGGAGAAUCCUUUGUUGGGAUGUGUUAGCUGGCCAAUGAUUUCUUGUCUGGAAUCCCCCUGUAUUUGAGUGUUCCUCUUUCUUUACUUUACUGAUUUUAGAGUUUUUUUAAAUAAUGGUAGUCAGAUUUUGUUCAUUUUCAUGGUUUCCUCCUUUCUGCUGAAAUUGUCCACAGUAUUGGAAACAAGGAAAAUGGGUUUAUUUAUCUGUGGAAUGUCCAUGGUGGGAGAAAGAACUCUUGUCUGUUUGCGUUAGGUGUGGAUGUUUCAAUUGGCCACCUUGAUUAGCAUGGAAUGGCCCAGCAGUUUCAUGAUCUGGCUUCUUACUGCCUGGGGGAAUCCUUUGUUGGGAGGUUAUUAUCUUGCCCUGAUUUUUUCCUGUCUGGAAUUCCCGUUUUUGAGUCUUCCUCUUUAUUUACUGUAUUUUUUUCCUGGACACAUAUUUCAAUUGGCCACCUUGAUUAGCAUUGAAUGGCCUAGCAGUUUCAAGGUCUGGCUUCUUACUGCCUGGGGGAAUCCUUUGUUGGGAGGUGAUUAUCUGGCCCUGAUUUUUUUCUAUCUGGAAUUCCCCUAUUUUUGAGUGUUCCUCUCUAUUUACUGUAUUUUUUCCUGGGCACAUGUUUCAAUUGGCCACCUUGAUUAGCAUUGAAUGGCCCAGCAGUUUCAAGGUCUGGCUUCUUACUGCCUGGGGGAAUCCUUUGUUGGGAGGUGAUUAGCUGUCCCCUAUUGUUUCUUGUCUGGAGUGGUUUUUGAGUGGUUAAUUGAAACAUAAGCAACAGAGAUGGGAAACGUAGGAAGGCCAGGAAACUGGGAAUUUCAGCUUAGCUCACAGCUCCCUUCAUUCCAUGUUUAAUCCAGACUUGACGUUGAAAAACCAGCGAUUGUUUCUUGUCUGGAAUUCUCCUGUUUUUGAGUGUUCCUCUUUAUUUACUCUAUUUUUUCCCAUCCUGGACAUUCCACAGUUAUAUAAACCCCAUUUUCCUAGUUUCCAACAAACCACUAACAUCUGAGGAUGCUUCCAUAGAUACAGGCGAAACGUCAGAAGAGAAUGCCUCUGGAACAUGGCAACCUCAAAACAAUGCAUUCAAGCCAUGUUUUUCCAUCUCUGCUGGGCAGGGACAGAUACGCCACCCACCAGGGCAUGCCAAGGGCACUCGUAUGUCCACGCGCAGCCCUUCUGCAAUAAGGCAGCGGCUGCUCCUUCCGGUCUGGUAUGUAGUGAAUUUGUGGUUUCUGUUUGUUUGGGUUUGUUUCCUGUCGUGUGUUAAAGCAUGUUGUUGUUUGUAACUGGCAACACGGUCCUGCUUGGGGACGGGAGGAGUGUGUGCGGCGUAUUUAGGGUGUCCUGAGCAACAAAGGCAGCUUUUGUUCCAUUCCAGAUGCCAAGUCCCUUCUGUUUUCCAGCUCAGGUGCCCUGAAAUGCUGUAGACCGAUAGAGGAGGAAGCAGCAGAGAUGGGAAAUGUAGGAAGGCUAGGAAACUAGGAGUUUCAGCUUAGCUCACAGCUCCCCGUCGUUCCAUGUUUAAUCCAGACUUGACGUUGAAAAACCAGCGUCUGAACUAUGCAAAAA